AUGGGCUCCUUACCUGCUUCACGAGUCCAGCCUGCCAGGGCCUUCCUUCGCAGUGGGGUCGACUAUGCUGGCCCAAUCACCCUCUGCAUGUCAAAGGGUCGCGGCCAGAAGACGGUCAAGGGCUACAUCGCCGUGUUCGUCUGCCUCUGCACCAAAGCUGUCCACCUGGAGCCAGUGUCCGACCUGUCUGCGUCCGCGUUUAUCGCGGCCUUCCGACGGUUCGUCGCGAGGCGAGGACGCUGUGCUCACCUCUUAAGCGACAACGCGACGAAUUUUCGGGGUGCAGAUGCGCAGUUGAAAUCUAUGUUCAAACGAGCUUCUGAAUUUUACAGGGAGGUUGCUGAGCUAAUCGCCAACGAAGGAACGAAUUGGGAAUUUAUUCCGCCCUACUCACCUCACUUUGGCGGCCUGUGGGAGGCGGCGGUGAAAUCCGCGAAGAGGCAUCUUCUUCGGUCAGUAGAGGGCCACAGGCUGACCUUCGAAGAACUGACAACAUUAUUGUGCCAGGUGGAAGCGUGUCUAAAUUCACGACCGUUAUCACCACUCACGGACGAUCCCAAAGACUUCUCCGCACUAACACCGAACCACCUCAUUACGGGUCACUCACUGUCGGCGAUUCCGGAAUCACCGGAAGAUUUAAAUUUCGACGGAGGACACAAAAGGUGGGCCCUCGUACAAAAAUUAAUUGAACAUUUUUGGCGUAGGUGGAGUAAAGAAUAUCUGGGCCAACUGCAACACCUUCCGAAGUGGCGGAAGGCGCUUCCUAACCUCCAACUCGGAACCCUCGUCUUGCUAAAGGAGGACUCGACACCACCAACUAAAUGGCCGAUGGCGCGCGUCGUGAAGGUCCACGAGGGACAAGAUGGCCUAACACGUGUGGCGACCGUCCAGACUGCUACCAGCCUGACCACACGUGCAAUCACACGGUUGAUUCCACUCGUGUCGCCGAACGAUACGGACAACGCUAUGGCUAAGAAGACGUCUCAUGAUACGUCUGUCUACCGGCAGCCGAGCAGUGACGCAGUAGCAACCGCCGAUUCUUGGAAACGGUCACGUCGUUGCCGUUCCGACAACGAGGCGGGCGGCAUGUUUGAGAUUUGCUCGUUUAUUAAUUAUAUUUUCUUCUACAUUAUUGUUGUCUAA